GCUGUAUUAUUAUUGUUAUCCUGGACGCACCCAAACACCCACCAACAACGCGCCGUUGUUCGUUGCGAAAGAAUGAGUGGCCGUUGCCAAGAUGCUUGUGAAUACGAUAGGACAGCGGGUCUUGACAUCCCUGACAACAAUUCCUGUGGGAGCUCAAGGAUGGUAUCCCAUUAUCGGCAUUACGGCAGCGACUACAGCGGCCGCUGGUGUGGGAUCUUUGGCUACUGGAUUCAUCGAACUGGAUAAUUUUUCGCCGCCACCUCCAUCUGAUUUGUGGCGUCCUCUGAGUGCCUUUGUCGUACCCGGACUCCUGGAAGAAGUGAUUUGGAGAGCGGCACUCCUCCCAACCCCCGCGGCACCCACGACGUUGUCCACCAUUCUGCAGCAUGCGACGCAAACAGCCGCAACAAUCAACUGCCCCACUACCUUGACGCUGUACAAGACUGCCCUGACCGUGCUCGCGGUCCAUGUGGCGUCGCAUCCCGUCUUUUCCGCCGUGGCAUAUCCCCGUGGCAAACAAGUCUUUGGAGACCCGCGCUUUUUGUUCUUGGCCACCAUUGUCUUGGGUGGAACCACCUUGUCGUAUAUCGUGAGCGGGGGAAGCGUGUGGGCGGCUGUUCUGACCCAUGGAUUGCCAGUGGCGCUGUGGCGUGAUUUCUUUGGUGGGGAACGAGCUCUGCAAAAAGGGAAGGAUGCAUAGAAAGAUGAAUUGUAGAUAUAUCGUAGGAGUGGCCAACUGGGCUAUAGCUAGCUAGUUAGAUGUGUUAUUAAUUUGUUGACCAUAUCACAUUGCCUGCAGCAAUUGAUGCUACCGUACUGUGUUCUGUUGCAGAUGCUAGAACUUCUGCAACCACAAACAAGCUUCAAUAUUGAUAACAGCGGAUAAUCCACAAUAUAGAACCAUCAGAACUUGUUUUGAUCUCCUCCAAAACGAGCCAAAAUGUGAUUUUCUUUUGAGUCCAAAAUGCGCGAAACCGAC